AUGACGAAAGGUACGGGGCAAGAGCGUCCCCUGGAUAUUGUCAUACUGGGAGGAGGCAUAGCGGGUUUGGCAACGGCUGUGGCACUGAGGCAAAGGACUCCUCACCAUGUCACUGUGUUGGAACGAGCUGCGCUUCAAGAUUGCUCGGACCAUUCAAGGAGACUGGAAGACGACGGCGCUGCUUCGAGCGAGACACAGCAUCUAGACACAGAUUAUGGUAUUGCAUUGGCGCCCAAUGGAGCAUACAUACUUGGAAUGCUGGGAAUGAAGGACCACGCGCAAGAGCUUCGAGGAAUCCAGCUCGAUUACGUGAGUUUCAAGUCGUCGCAAGAACGUCAACUUGUGAUAGGCGUCACGCCUCGUGGCAGCGGCGAUGCCACGCACGUAUCGAAAGCUUUGUGAAGCCCACUGAUUCGUGUCUUGCAACUCCGCCGCAGUGGGCUCUGCGGCCCGCCAGCGACGAGGAAGUACCUCCCUCACAAUUUCCGACAGACCCUGCCGCGCCUGCCAUCUUCUGUAGCAGAGGUGCCCUGAUACGAUGGCUAAUCAAAGCAGCAACGGAUGAGGUGAGCUGUGCCGCGAAUCUUCGAUAAUGCUGCGAGACGAGAGAAUCGAUUGACGAAUGGGAUCUCCGCGCUCUUCCUACCACUUGCAAGUCCUUGCCCGGCACGCCAGUCACGAUAGAAAGUGGACUCGGAAGCCUUGAAAUUGAUAUUCAGUCAGCCAAAGCUGGCUCAAAGUCGGGCGACCUUCUUAUACUGGCGGAUGGUCUCACCAAGACCGGCCGAGCCGCUGUGCUGGCAGAUCAAGGGCUGCCGCCUGAACACUGGGAAGACGCUUACAUCACAGCGCCUCAAGUGGCUUAUAUGGGCCUGCUUCCAGUCUCUGCCCUAAGCAAGCACUCUCAUCUGCUGAUGGACAGCAAACUCCAGCUACAACCCAACGGAACCUUGAUGAAUUGGACUUGGGAUCCCGUAGACGAGGAAGGCAACGUCGAGGAAGAUCCGAUGCGGAGGGCAGCCAAGCAGCAGCGCUUAAUCCUCUAUCCGAUCUCGAAGGAGCAUGUCCAGCUGUUUGCCUACCUCCCGAGCACGCCAGAGCUGCUGGCCAGAUUCCAGCGUGGCACCCGCGGAGGCUGCGCUGCAUUCAUCCGCAAUGUCUGCUCUGAAGAGGCGGCGCACCAUUUCGCCGCAUUUGCGCCAAAUGUGAGGGAGCUAUUGACUGCAUGCCCUAAGCUCGACUUGGCGCAGAUCAGGGAUGCCCCCACAUUAGCCUCGUGGCAUUCCAAUGAUGCGAGAGUGGUGAUCAUCGGAGACGCAGCCCACGCUGCUCUCCCGCAUACAGGGCAAGGAAGCUCGCAAGCGCUAGAGGACGCCGAUGCCUUGUCUCAUCUUCUCAGCCCGCUUCGAUCAGCCACGAGCACCUCUCCCGAGGAGUCAGAGAUUUUCGUCCCGCAACUCGCUGCCGCAUUGAAGACUUUUGACUCGGUAACAUUACCUAGAGCUCACUUGACGCAGCGGAUAGCUAGGUUGUUCAAUGGUUGCAUCGAUCCUGCUGAGCUGCAGCAGAUGGACUGCUUCGACUUUGAAGAGUACAAUGCGCGCGUGAUGUCGUAUCGCGGAGUCGAGGCUCAUCUUGCCCAGAACGCAGCUUGA